AUGAAGUUGUCAAAGCAACUAGGGGCCAUCUUGGCCCUGAACUUGUCCCUGGCCCCAAGUGUGCUGGCAUCUGCAACCUGCAGUCAAUUGUCCGGCAGUAUCUACACCGGAAGAAACAGCAAUUCAUUCGAUAUUUUAUGCGAUUCUUCUACAAUCAAUGGGAAUAUCUUCGCCUAUUAUUCGGAUGGUGAUGAGUUUCAAGACUGUGUGGAUAGAUGCGAUGCUGUCUCUAUUUGUGUCAUCGCAUUGUAUUUAGCGGGCAGUGGUGACUGUGCUUUGAUCAACAGUUAUCAAGGGACUAGGUCAUUUAAUGGCAACGAUAUUGCCAUCAAGAGGGCAGCGACGACUGAAACCACGUCAUCUGCAAAGUCUAUAUCAUCAAACGCAGCAUCUACGUCCGCUGAGACUUCAUCCAUAGAGGCUACAUCAACAGUGACUUCGACAACAGAACCUUCAUCCACAGACGGUUCCUCAACCGAGGUUCUAUCGACUGAUAUCAACGAUUCGUCCACUGAGACUUCAUCCAUUGAGGCUACAUCAACACUCGCUUCUUCAACUGAGACGUCAUCAACAACAGAGACUUUGACGACAGAACCUUCAUCCACAGCGAGUUUCUCAACUGAGGUUCUGUCGACCAAGGGUGAAGAUUCAUCCACUGAUAUUUCAUCCAAUGGGGCUGAAUCGACAGGUGCCCUAUCUACAGAACCCUCAUCAAUUGAGGCUGUAUCAACAUCAGUGGAAGUUACAUCAGAGUCUGCGUCAACUUCUGAAGCGUUUACAAUAGUUACUACUACUACAAACUUGCACUACACUAGUACAGCUAGUAUCGAAACAUCGACCGAUGAUUGCGACGAUGAAACAUCAACCAUUGAGACCUCGGCUGCUGAGGUGACAUCCACAGCGACGGCAUCCAAUAUACUGUCCACGACACUAUCUAACGAUAGCCUUGGUGCCCCUACUACAACUCUUCAAACAGGAGAACGUUCCACUUCGGCAUUCUCUGAGACUUCUGCUUUUACUUCAUCAGCAUCGUCUUUGACAACUACGGAGAAUCAUAAUUCUGUAUCAACAUCUCUGUCAAACUCUGUGACUGGCGAAACUCCCUCUACUCUUCCUCCGUUUUCAAGCACUACCACAACCGAGACUCAUGCAACCUACACCCAAGUCACUUUCUCGUCUUGGUCCUCUUUGGAAACCACAAAGCAUGGCUCUAAGACGCGUUCAGUCUCGGAUAUCACUACCAUGACGACAGAGUCCGCAAGUCGUCUUACAACACUUUACCCUACUUCUGACUGCGUCUGGACUGUUUACCUGACAAUGGUUGAGUAUGUCACCUGCAGCACUGGUGUGGUUCCCGAGACAGCAAUUACUACCAGAUAUGUCACUGCUACCAACCACGGGGAAAGCUAUAGACCUCCAGUAGUUGUAUUGCCUUCUGGUUGUAUCGGAGGUUAUCAGGUAGAUGCCAGCGGCCACAGCUAUCCUGUAACUCUACCUACAAAGGGAUCAUACGGCAACUCUACGGACCAGGGUUAUAGUCAGCCAUCUGCUCGGCCCACGUCGGGAUCAUCAGGCAAGCCUCAUUUUGGUCAUGAAAACUACAACCCUCAUAUUCCUGCUCAAACUCUAGAGUCAAAUGGGGACUAUCGGCCAGAGUACAUUGAUGGUCAUCCGUCUGUCCCUGAGUCUACACAGGGAUCACACGCCGAAUAUCACGAAGAUACUUCUAGCCAGCUAUCCGCUGCUGGCUAUGACUCACCAGAGUCCAACAAGCACGGCCCUCAAAAAACAGAAGGACUGGCUACUACAACAGCUAUUUCCGCAUACAAAUCUGGUGCCCCAGCAAAUCUUCCAGUAUCAUCUGCAAUCCAUCAUGGACAGGCAGGUAUCUCAUCGACAUUUACAAUCAUGUCCACUACCACCAAAGACAUGUAUAGACCCAGCGCCAGUGAGGCACCAUCUACGCCAGUAAUUGCUUCCGGGGCAAGCAGACAUCAGGGUAUUGUUUGGACAGUGAUUGCUGUAGCCUUUAUGGCUCUGGGAGUUUAG